CAAGGUGGCAACCACAAGCUGUGUCAUAACACUCGUUAUCGUGCAGCCAACUUAACGCAGGGAAAACUUCAACAACAGCUCACAGGAUGAUGAUGCAACGUUCAACGGUUUUGCUGCCGCUGGCUAUUGAAGCCACCCUUCAGGCCCAGCAGCAGCGUGGCAUGGCCACCUUGAAGGCAAUCUCCAUUCGUCUGAAAUCCGUGAAGAACAUUCAGAAAAUUACGCAAUCAAUGAAGAUGGUGUCCGCUGCCAAAUAUGCCCGUGCCGAGCGUGAUUUGAAGGCGGCGCGUCCCUACGGCGUUGGUGCUCAGCAAUUUUUCGAGAAAACUGAAAUCCAGGCCGACGAGAAGGCCGAGCCCAAGAAGCUGCUGAUCGCCAUGACAUCUGACCGUGGUCUCUGUGGUGCCGUUCACACCGGUGUUGCCCGUCAGAUCCGUGCAGAGCUGGCUAUUGACGAUGUCAACACCAGGGUGUUCUGUGUAGGCGAUAAGUCGCGUUCCAUUCUGUCCCGUCUGUACGGCAAGAAUAUCCUGAUGGUGGCCAAUGAAAUCGGCCGCUUGCCACCUACCUUCUUGGACGCCUCAAAGAUUGCCCACGAAGUGCUUCAGACUGGCUACGAUUAUACCGAGGGCAAGAUUGUGUACAACAGAUUCAAGUCCGUGGUUUCGUACCAGUGCUCCUCACUGCCCAUCUUCAGUGGCCCAACUGUGGAGAAGUCCGAGAAGUUGGCCGUUUAUGACUCGCUCGAUAGCGAUGUCGUCAAAAGCUAUUUGGAGUUCUCGCUGGCCUCGCUCAUCUUCUACACCAUGAAGGAGGGAGCAUGCUCGGAGCAAUCCUCCCGUAUGACGGCUAUGGACAAUGCUUCCAAGAACGCCGGCGAGAUGAUUGACAAGCUGACUCUCACAUUCAACCGCACCAGACAGGCGGUCAUUACCCGCGAGUUGAUUGAAAUCAUCUCCGGUGCCGCCGCUUUGACAUAAGGAGGAGAAGGGAAAGGGAUUCGCCCACAAAUGCCCAACCAAUUGCGAUUGCGAUUACGAUUCAAGGCGCCUAAUCUAAUUUUAGGACUGGGGCCUUACCCAAGAAUAAUGUUAUAAACUAUCAGAAUUAAUAAAUGUGGAUCGAACGAAUUAAAAACCUUUCAUUAUAUUGUAAAGUGCAAAAAGUGAAAGCCAAAAUGUA